GAAAUGCAGUGCGUACACAGUUGCACAUUGUACCGUGACGGGUCCGCAUAAUUUUAAUAAGCUUACAUUAAUAGUUUGUUUGCACGGUCGGCUCACCGUCGAAGAUGUAGGUAGCCACAUCGCAUUGAGAUGAAGACAAAAAAACUUUUCAGCAUUUUUAUACAUCGCAGAACGUUGCUAGUAAGAGAAGUAAGUCUCACAGUAGAACGAUGUUCAAACCAGCCCUGUACUCUAAAAUCAACAACGAGGCGCGUCGUGAUACCAGGGACUUCAUCGAAGAAUAUUCUAAUGAAAUUGGCCAAAUGUCAGGACGGUGCCUUGACAUCGGAAGCGGUCCAUGUGACGUAGUCACCGAUUUUCUCCUUCCAAAAUUAAACCCGAAGUCUACCGUUGUCUGCUCGGACAUUUCCAAGCCCAUGUUGGACUACGCAAAGGAAAAAUACGGCGCCAACGAUCGGCUAUCCUUUCUCCAGCUGGACAUCGAGUCUCCGACGCUGGCCGAAGAUCUAGUUGAACAAUUCGAUCACGUUACGUCGUUCUAUUGUUUACACUGGUGCGAAGACAUGCGCCAAGCCUUCGAGAACAUCUUUGAACUGCUACGUCCUGGAGGUUCGGGCUUCUUGACCUUUGUGAGCGAUUUUCCUUGCAUGGACGCGUACAAGGUGCUGGCGGCUAUCCCUCGAUACCAGCGUUACAUGACGGAAUUGCCGAUCUGGCGACGGCCGCGUACAUUCAGUAAAUACUUAUUUCGCAUCAUGACAAAAGUGCGAAUCUCUUAUAAGGAUUCUGAGACUCGCUCAAUUGAUGCGGACAGGUUCAUUCCCGUAUUUCAGCACGCCGAACAUCCACGCGAGAACCUGAAAAAAUUGCUUCGAGAGGUCGGCUUUGAGAUCAGCCACUGCAGUCGCAGAGAAAUAAGCAACAUUUACGACACUCCGAAUGAUUUCGGCAGAGUAAUGGCAGCCGUCAACCCGUUCAUUAACCGCAUGCCGGCUCAACUACAGCGAGAGUAUGAAGUAGAUUUGGGCAUAGAAGCGACGAAGAACGCGAUUGUCUUCAACAAGGAUAACAAUGGUGGCUACAACAUACUCUGCAGACAUCACAUGUUUGUAGUUUACUUGAAAAAACCUUCGAUCAAUUGCAUAUCUUACAACAAUACACCAAUUCCAAGGAAAAAUACGUUCCUACGUAUAACGAAGAUGAACGAUGAGGAGAUUUUCAGCGUAUUUAUAAACCGUAGGACCUUGCCGGUGAAAGCGAUAACCAUUAAAACGAUGUUCAAACCAGCCGAGUACUCUGCACACGACAAACUAGUGCGUCACGAGACUAGCGACUUUAUACAGGAGUAUUCCAAUGAAAUUGGUCAGAUGUCAGGAAGAUGCCUUGAUAUCGGAUGCGGACCCUGCGACCUAGUCGUCGAUUCUCUCCUUCCGGUACUGAAUCCAAAGGCUACCGUUGUCUGCUCGGACAUUUCCAAGGCCAUGUUGGAGUACGCAAAGGAAAAAUACGGCGCCAACGAUCGGCUAUCCUUUCUCCAACUGGACAUCGAGUCUCCGAUGCUGGCCGAAGAUCUAGUUGAACAAUUCGAUCACGUUACGUCGUUCUAUUGUUUACACUGGUGCGAAGACAUGCGCCAAGCCUUCGAAAACAUCUUUGAACUGCUGCGUCCUGGAGGUUCGGGCUUCUUGACCUUUGUGAGCGAUUUUCCUUGCAUGGACGCGUACAAGGUGCUGGCGGCUAUCCCUCGAUACCAGCGUUACAUGACGGAUGCGGACCGUUUCAUUCCAGUAUUUCAGCACGCUAAACGUCCGCGCGAGUCUCUGAAAAUGCUGCUCGAAAAGGUCGGCUUUGAGGUCUGUCACUGCAGUAGCAGAGAAAAAGUUUACAUCUUCGAAACCCCGGAUGCUUUCGCCAAAUUCAUGGCAUGCGUGAACCCCUUCAUACACCGCAUGCCGUCUGAUCUACAGCAGGAGUACAGAAUAGAUCUGGACAUAGAAGCAAGAAAGCACACAUUCAUCGUCAACAAGGAUAGGAAUGACGAUUAUAGCAUACUGUCCAGACGCCAUACCUUUGUAGUUUACUUGAAAAAGCCAUUGGUCCACUGAUAGACAGCCAAAUAAUUAUUAAAAGUCGAUACAUCAA